AUGUCGCCCCCGCUCUCGUCCACCCGCUCGCGGUCGGGAACUGGCUGCUUCUUCACGGACGAGUUUGAGGCCAGCGCCAGGCACAAGUCAGCCCGGCAGCAAUGCCUGUCCAUCUCGGAUCUUGACAUGGCGCUCCUGUGAUGGACGGACGCAUAGUCUACAUAAGGAUGGAUGGAUGGAUGGAUACCUCCGUCGUUUCCCGCCACCAUCUCUGCUGCUGCGGCGGGGAGAUGCACCAGGUUACAGCUAUUAUCAGCACACGGCCCGUGUCCCUUGACCCGGGGAGCAAGAGGGACACCACGAGACUGAUGGGGGGAGGGACCAAGCGUGUAAGGCAGACUUGAGCGUGCGUUUCGUGUGCCGAUAAUAGUCGCUCCCCCGGCCGGCUCGAGGCCUUGAUUGGUGGGGCGCGGGCGGUGAACAAACAAAAAAAAACAUUUGCUGCCUAAUUGGUACGCCCGGUGUUCUGCGUUGUUGGGUUUGCUGGUAGAUUGCCAAGUGCCUGACAGGUCCGGUGUUCUGCAUGGUGGGUAGCAUGGUAGAUUGCCAACUGCUGACAUACACAGUGGUGGAAACGGCUCGAAGAAAAGAUAAAAACCUGCCCUUUGUGUGUCUGCGUUGGAUAUACCGGUGAACUGUUCGUGUUGAGUGCCUUGGGGGCCUGGGUACCCGUGAGAUUGGAGUAUCCGGGCACCGAAUUUUGUUGUGUUUUGUGGUGUUUUUUGUGUUGGUUAUCGUAUGCCACCAUAGCUUAUUUAGCUUUAUACUGCGGCUGUUUUUGUCUUGGAUGGGAGGCUCUCUCUCUCUCUCUCUCUCCGGCUAAGAUCUCAGACGAACUGCUUGCUGUCGCGGCUGUUAUAAUCAGGAUACCUUUGUUGGAACAUGCCCCCCGGGCCGACGAGAAACCGCCGACAGCGGUAGUUACGUUUCAACUUUUGGAGGUUCCGUCGCCAUUUCUUUGAGAAAAGGGGGGUCUAGGCAAUUCGUGAUGACCCCGAUUUGCUUCAUGGAGCUAUAAUAGCUGUGUGUUUGCCCU